CUGACAGGCGCUCCCGAGAAGGGGGCGGAGGCUCGCGCGCGCCUGGGAAAACGUUGCGCAGGUUCUAAAAUGGAACGUUGGCGGCGGUGUGAUUGAGCGCGCGAGGGGUGUGAGUGAGUGAGUGUGUGUGUGUGAGAGAGAGAGCGAGACCGACCGAGAGCGCGCGCGCGAGAGAGCGUGAGUAAGUCCAAGCCCGCGCUGCAAUAACAGCGGGGGAAAGAGAAAAAAAGCCGAAGAGCCCGCGGCACGCAGACGGACCCCGCACUGAAUCUGGAACAGCCGCCUCCUCAUUCCUCCCUGUAUGGAGCUUUCCGCUAUCGGGGAGCAGGUGUUUGCGGUGGAGAGCAUCAGGAAGAAGCGCGUAAGGAAGGGUAAAGUGGAAUACCUGGUGAAAUGGAAAGGAUGGCCCCCCAAAUACAGCACGUGGGAGCCAGAGGAUCACAUUCUUGACCCUCGCCUGGUGAUGGCUUAUGAAGAGAAGGAAGAACGAGAGCGUGCCUCGGGUUACAGGAAGAGAGGUCCCAAACCGAAGCGCCUCUUGCUGCAGAGGCUGUAUAGUAUGGACUUGAGGAGUGCACAUAAAGGGAAAGAGAAACUCUGCUUUUCUCUGUCUCGGAGGUUUGGGGGAGGAGGAAACAACUUGGCAGGGACCAAGGGAGGGCAGGCAGAACUGUCCGAGAAGAGCGGGGGAGGAGGGGUGCUGCCUUUCCCUCUUCGGAAGCAGAACAAGAACCAGAAAUACUUACGCCUCUCACGGAAGAAGUUCACUCGCAUGUCAAGCCUGGAGAACCGCAAUCGCCGCCGGGAGUUUUUCCUGAAGGAACCAAUGGCAUUAGAAGACAGGCAGACCCCCAGUGACUGGGAUGAGGCCACACAACCUGCCAGCAAAGAGGUGGGCUCAGAUACAGCAGAAGGCACUCUUUCAUGGAGCCCCACCCUGCCUCCCAAUGAAGUGACAGUGACCGACAUCACAGCAAACUCUAUUACUGUGACUUUCAGAGAAGCACAAAUGGCAGAGGGCUUCUUCCGAGACCGGAGCAUUCAGUUCUGAAACUUCAUUUUUAUUUUGUGGUUUUCUUCCCCACCACUUGUUUGGGGGAAUCCCCCCCUUUUAGGGCAGGUGAUUUAAGUAUAUUCUAUAACAAAAUCCGAAACUUUUCCUUCACAGAUGUUUACAGAGGAUUUUGGUUUUGAUUUUGACUGUUGAAGCCUCACUGAAUUAUUUUUUUCCCUGCUCCUCUUUCAAAUACGCAAAAACAACAAAAGGCAGUGUGGGGGUGCCUGUGUGUGUUCUUUUUUCCUCAUUUGUUACUAUAGAUAUAUAUAUAGAGACAGAGUAUAUAAAUAUAUUACUUGUCUGUUACUGCUUUGUGUGUUUUGGAAACUGAAGCUCUUUUCACUGGCAAAGAUGUUUAUUUACAGUGCAGUAUAGAAGAAUGUCCACUCCUUAUGUCAGUAAUGGUGAAUUGGUUAGUUUAAAUGAGAAGUUUCAAGUCCAGAAAUAGGAAAGAGGCCAAAUACCCCUGUUUUCUUCCAUGUGUCAUAGUAUAUUUUUCUUUGUUAAACUACUUCCAUGGUCAGUUCCUAGAGAUAUUUGUGGACCCUUCUGCUUCAGGCAAGUGGUCCUUGUUUGAUGCUUCCUCCCUUAUCAACACUGUAUUUGAUAUGGCGUACAGGUGUCUACGGUGCUUCCACAAAUGCUGUAAUCUGGAAGAUUACAUAUAGAUGCCCUGGUCUGAUUGUGCACUCAGUAGAAACACCUGCAUUGGUGUUUUCCUUACUCGCUUAAAAAAACAGGAGUGUAAAAGCUGUACUGCAACAACUAGGUGCAUCCACAUUGCCCUUGCUUAUCCAGUGUGUAGGACCACUGUUUUUCAAACUUUGUUCCUAGGAAACCUAUGGCAUUCUGUUCAACAGGAGUUACUCAGUUUUCACCACUACCAGUCUGUCCCGGCAAUGCAUAGCCAUGAGUUUGUUGUGAAACGUCCUAGGGCACAUACUUGGUUUUCAUGGAGCUACCGUGAUGUUUGACAGGAGGAGCUGUUACCUAGCUUGAGUUUUAUAGUGUGCUGCAGCAGCCUUGGCAACACCCAGGAAUUCUAUGGCAGAAAUGUAGAACUUGAUAUGAAAAGUGUUGCCCUAUGAGUAUAAAGUUUGAAAUCUGGUUGUGUAGACUGUCAAUUUAGUAAUGCUUAUUGGUAUACAAGAAGGUGGAGGAGCCACAAGGCUGAAAGUAGAUGCAGGGUGGGCUGUGGGCAUUGAAUGUGCAAUAGAAACAUGUACAAUGAAUACCUGAAAAGCAGCUGGCAUACAUGGUACCUCAAGAAAAGCAGAUAUUAUUACCACUGGCCAGCUAAUGAUGUAUAAAUACUGUGCUGCUAAGAUUAGCAGCUAAUGAAUGGUAGCUUUACUUGCCUUCUAUUGUCUUUGGAUUCGUAAGCCUUGACGAAAGAUAAAGCUGCUCAGCAACUGUCAUUUUGUGUAUGUAAAUAAAUAGAUUUUUGUGCUUAGCUGGCUGCUUCUUCAACCAGUCUUGCUUGAACAUAUCUUCCAGAUAUCCCUGUGGUGGUGGAAAGUUGUGUAUACAGCCAAGAAUGUCUUGGAAUUCACCUUUGUCAGGAAUCUCCUGUUUAAAAAAAUGCUAGACUCAGGAUGAAUGGUCAAGCCGCUGGGAACUUUGCUGUUGAGUUUCAUUCUGGGAUAGGAUGUUGCUCUUUUUCCUGGAAUUUGUUUCAUACGUCUGUGAGAGUCACAGCUGUCUUUUUUUUAAUGGGAUGAAACUGGGGAGUUAGGAUUAAGAGACUUUUUGUGGAAGCAGAAGAACUUUAGCUGUUGGCUGAAAGCAUAGAUUGGGGCAUGGGUUGAAAUGGGCAUGGGUCAAUCUGACCUACCUGGUCAAAAUAUUAGCAGAAGUGGAGUGGGGUUAAGUGAUGAGACUUGUAAUCUUCUGCUUUUAGUUGAUGUUGAAGGAAUAUGCUUUCGUUGAUGAUAUUUUGCUAGUUCUAUUCAUAAGCCUCUUGAUGUUUUUCUUAUGCUAAGUGAUGGUUUCUUUCUGUGAAGUUCACACAAUCUUUGCCAAGGAGAAGCUGCUUGCAGUUCCACAGAGCCUUGUCUUGCACUUCAAUGCCUUGAGAUUUGUGCUGGACUUCUUGUGAUUUUUUAAAAAAAAGAAAUUGUUGUAUCUUCAAACUGUAUAGUUAUGUUUUUGUGUAUUUGUGCUUCUUUAUAAGUUGACUUAAACAAAUGAAAAAUUCUGAAAAUAUCUUUCUAGGGAAAUUGCAGGCAAGAAGUUGGGAACAGGGGCUGCAAUUCUAACCGUAUGUACAUGCGAGUAAAUCCUACUGCAAUUAAUGGGAUUUGCUUCUGAAUAAAGAUUCUUAGGAAUGGGGUAGGAAACUGAUGGAGCAUAUGAUUUUGGAGCAUAUGACCUCAGCCUUCCUGCUAACAAAAAUUAACCACCCAUCCCCCAUCAAAGUAUAUGUUUUCUGAAAAUCUGUUCUUCUGGAGCUUUAGAAAAACAGACUUAACAUUUUGUGGAGGUUGUAAAUCCAAUUAGCUUGCAGUCUUUUUUUUUCUUUUCUUUUUUUGCGCUAAAAUUUGGCUGCAGAUCUGGUUAAACAAUGCAGUGUUUAAUACAGUCAAUUUGGAGAUAGUAUCUGUCUUUCUCUAAGAGUGGUCAUCCUGCUGUGGAUUGUCUCCUGCCUCAGAGAUAUGAAAGGGAGAGCUGCCUUUGCCAAGUCAGAAGAUGUAAAUCCUUGUAUUUCCAAUUAUUAAUGCCGAAUAAUAUUUGAUUUCUUGUGGGUUGGGUGGGAGAAGAGGAUUUGUAGGAUUUCUUGAAAUCUUUUCUGUUGGAUUCUGGUACAUCUCCAAGAGACUGCAGAACAGCAUGUUGUCCUGGUUGUCUGAAUCCCGCCCAAUAAACGUUCUGUUUCUUGCACAAGGUUAGUGAUGCAAGAAGUUGACCCAGUGCUAUGCUCCAUUAAGGAAGAAAACAAGGAUUGAUGUUCAGUGGUAAAAUAUACACUUUGCAUGUAGAAAGUCCUAGGUUCCAUUUCUGACACCUCCAGUGAAAGAAUCUUGGGUAGCAGGUGCUGAGAAGGACCUUGCCAUGCAUGAGACCUUGGAGAGCAUUUGCCAGUCAAAGUAGAUAAUGCUCAGCCAGAUGGACUAAUGGCCCAACCCUGUAUAAGGUAACUUUAUGUAUUUGAGUUCACAACAUUCAAGAACAGGGACUGCCUUUUCAAAAAAAGUAGAACAUGGAGACAUACUUUAAACUGAAUGUGAAGACUUGAAUCUUUCCGAGAUUGGAUUGUGGCAUUGGGUUCUGACUCUCCCAAAACUAGAGCCACAACAUUUCCUGUGUUUCAUUGGCUGGUGUUUACACUGUGCAGACAUCUACUACAGUGUGUUUUUCUGCAAGCAUUUAUGCUUUUGUUGGUUCAUUUGUUGUGGAUGUUUUGUAUGGUUAUAGCAUAGGACACUUUACUGAAAUGAAUACAUGGCCUCAUUUUCAAAAUGUCAGCUACCUGUCAUGGUGAAGCAUAUUGUUAAGGGCAGAACAUCGGUGAAGGAUCUGUGGACCUGGGGCUGGCUUGCAGUGCCUUAGUUGGAACCGGUUAGCAGGUGAUAAUGCUUGAAAGGCUUCUCUGGGCCAUAAUAGUUCUGCUGCUAAAGGUAUAAUUACAGGAGCCAGUUGAAAAGUUGGCCAUGAGGAAGUCAGCUUAGUGUGAAGGUUCUGAUUCACAGGCACCACGCUGCUACCUGCUAGCAUAGGGUUCCCAAGUGCUAUAAAAUCUGGGCCCCACUUUCUUUUAUUGUUAUCCAUUUACAUGGGAUGCUGAAACCUCACUGCAGCUAUGAUUUCUAGCAUACUCAGUUUUAGCAAGGGAAUAGACUUGUUUUCCUAGAUGUUACUGUCUGGCCAGUUUUUGGCACACAGCAGAGAACUUGUGAAAUGAAAUUGAUUUUGUCAUCUGGUUUCAGAUGUGGUUCUUUUUCUUCUAAAGGCCAUAUCUAUGCUACAUAUGUAUGUCAUUUUUACCCUAAUUUGGGAGCCUUAGCAACAAACUAGAAUCUGUCUCCUUUUCUAUUUUAAACUUUUAAAAUAGUUUCUGGCUACUAAGAUCCAUCCUUAUGUGAAACAGUUUCUAACCUUGUUUCUUUUUGUGCAUCUCUAAUGGGUUGACACCUUCCCACAAUUAGAACCAAACAAGUAUGUGAGACUGGGCUUUCAGGAAUAAGAGAAAGCAGCGGGGUAGGGAAAUAAUGCUCCACUUCUCCUUUGACACAUCACUGUUUGCCUCUCUUAAAUCUCAGGCUGUGAUGGCAAUGCAUCGUAGUGAAAUGUAAAAAAAAAAUACUGCCAGUUAAAUGCCUAGGAUUGGCCUGAGUGUGUGUUUCUGUUUUUGUUUGAAAUGUUCUCUUCUGAAGAGCUUUUGUGAUGUAGGUAUGUGUUCUUGCAGUUGUGUAUUGUUAGUAAAAAAUACAUGUUAUAUAGAACCUUUUUUCUCUCCCUUUCAAAGUUUGUCAGGAAUAUGAUACUGAAAUUGGAGUAUAGCUACCAGGUAUUAGAUCAGAGGAGUUAGCCGUGUUAGUCUUUAGUAGCAAAAUAGCAAAGAGUCCCUUAGCACCUUUUAGACUAACCAACUUUAUUGUAGCAUAAGCUUUCGAGAGCCACAGCUCUCUUCAUCAGAUGCAUGGAGGAGAUGAAGAAACUGGUCAAAGAUAUAUAAGUGGUGAGGGGAGGGGGGAGAGGGUGCAGGGAGCAAGGGUCAUGUAAAUGUAAAUAAAUUCAUGGAAGCUGUGGAAUGCACAGUCCAGGCUGGGUGUGACCCUUCCUCUCCAUGGCAGAAUCUGAAUAGAAUGCCUGAAGGCAGUUACUUUUGGUAAUAACCAUUCAUAGUCUCUAUUCAAUUCAAGUCUGACUGAGUCAAAUUUACAUAUGAAUUCCGGUUCAGCAGCUUCCCAUUGGAUUUUGUUUUGAAAUGUUUCUGUUGAACUAUGGUGACCUUUAAGUCCUUGAUAGAAUGUCUUGGUAGAUUGAAGUGUUCUCCCACUGGUUUCUGGAUGUUGCCAUUUUUAAUGUCAGAUUUGUAUCCAUUUAUUCUUUCGUGCAGAGGUUGGCUGGUUUGUCCAAUGUACAGAGCAGAUGUUGCCACAUGAGGGCAUAUAUCACGUUGGAGGAUGAGCAGCUGUAAGAGCCAGAGAUAGUGUAGUUGAUACCAUUGGGUCCUGUAAUCGUAUUUUCUGGGUAGAUAUGAGGGCAGAGUUGGCAUCUGGGUCUGUUGCAGAGUCUGGUACCUGUGUUGGUGACUCUGCUAACCGAUUCAUGGUUGUUAGUGAGAAGUCGUUUAAGGUUGGGGGGCUGCCUAUAGGCAAGGAGAGGUCUUCCACCCAGGGCUGGUGAGAGAGCGGCAUCGUUUUCCAGGAUGGGCUGUAAGCCACUGAUAUGUUGGAUUGGUUUCAGCUGGGAACUAUAGGUGACAACCAGUGGUGUUUGUUGUUAGGUCCUUUUGGUUUGUCCUGGAGCAGGCUGUUUCUGGGUACUAGUCUGGCCCUGUCAAUUUGUUUCCUCACCUCAUUCGGUGAGUACUGUAGCCCCAAAACCUAGUUACCAGAUUUGUUUCUGGUGUAACACGUAGUGUCAAAAGUAGAAAAUGGUUAGAGUUUUAUCUGAUAACUGUUACUGCCCCUACUUCUAUCUCUUGUUCUGCACCUGUUGUAGUGUGGAGCUCUGAGGUGGGGAGGACAUCUCCUAAUCCUGUCAUUUCACUCUUACAGGACUUCCUGUCACAUGCUUGCAGUUUGAUAGCCUCUGUGCUGCUGCCUGGUUAUUAAAGAUGAGUCUUGGGUUUGGAAAGGUUGAAGACGUCUGCUCUAGAAAGAGGACUUUUUCUGUGGGCUAAAUUUUGGUGUUACGGUUUCUCUCUCCCUUUGGUAAGGUACUUACAACUUUAACAACUGUGUGAGGGAAGCUCAAUUUGUGCUGCUUUUCUCCUUGCUGCCUCCUGAUGCUGGGGAAAGCAGUGCAUCUUGAACUUUGGAGAGCCAAACAGCAGUAUCCUCAAUGCUUUAUGUUGAAGAAGGUUUGAAGUUAGUGACCUUUUAUUUUUCAUCCCCUGCAAAAAAAAAAAAAACCUUACUGUGCACAUACUGAGUUUUUGAUUUGUCAUUGCUCUGAAUUAAUUUUUGUAAAUGGCCCUUGGUUUUUUUUUCUAGUGAUUGUCACCAUGGCAGGGUCUUAAUUACGAAAAGAACUCAUAUGCUGGAUAUUUCCCCCAAUAUAUCUCAUAGUAAGCUGUCUGAGUUAUAGAUAGAAAUAUAAAUGCUUGACUUAUGAACUGAAGAAUAGAUUAAUGUAAAGUAUACUGAAAGUUUGUGGAAAGUGCCUUCUGGUAACUCCAGAUGGAAGUGCAAAUGUUAGUUGAUAGCAAUCAAUUUACUAUGACACUUUAGAGAACCUUGAUCCUAAAUGCACUUGUAGAAGUAAGCUCCAGAUUUUAGAGGCAGGCCAUAUGUGGUAAGCUGGGGUUCACCUUCGAAUUUACUACUAGUGUUCUCUUAAGCUACAAAUACAAUUUCUGAUGAGUUGCCAUCAGAUGAAGCAAUGACUUAACUGGGGAAAAAACAAGUGUUGUCAAAUAAGCAAUUUCUAAGAGAAGACUGGAUGGUCAGGAGGGGCGCAAGAGUCAGCAAGAAGAGAAUCCAGUUUAGUCUUUUUAAAUUGCUGUAUUUCUUUAAAACACACAGUUUCCAUGUCUAGAAAACAUGUCAUGGUAGUAGUACAGUAGUGAAUGGAUGGAAGACUCAGUAUUUUUGCAAAACCUUUGCUGUUAUGGUGCACAUGUAUAUGAUUAGUAAAUUCGUAUGGCAUAACAUGAGUCUGUUGAACAGAUUUUGAUCACAUGGAAAGUUCCCUUUCGUCAUGGAUAUUACAUUGGAAGAAGAUUCUUUUCGUUUUCAAACUGCUACAGAACUGAAUUAAUUCCUCUCCGUUUCAACCAGUUCCCUUGUUACUCUGUCAGGGAUGGAGUGCAUUGGUUUGGGGAAGAAUGACAUUAUUAAACAGGCAAUAGUUCAGACCUUCAAAUCUGUGCCUCUUAAUUUUAUAAACAGGGGUCCUAUCAGCUUAUGUUGAAGUGAUUAGUCCAGAACUAUUAUUCUUUAAAAUAAUGAUGUAAUAGUUGAUGGAAUAGGCGGGUUACAAAGAAUGAAACCAUUUUUAAAAAAUGUUGAUCAGUUCUUUCAGCAUUGUUUACACAACAACAGUUGGUUUUUCCAUGAAUUUGGGCAUCUUUUGUCACAAAAUUGGAAUGUGGUGUACAUAAGGGGAGGAUAUAUAUAUGAAAAGCAUGCAUGUUAUUUUAUGACUUUAAUGGACUUUGAAGGGUAUAGGUUUACAAUUGCACUGUGAGUGUGUGAACGCUAUGUGUGUGUAUAGCAUUUUCUGGUGACUUAUCAGAUAGAACUUGGGGUUAUGAAUAUUUCCUGUUUGCACAGAGCGUUAUUUAGGGAAGCACUGGCUUUAAACUAUACUGGGCAGAGCAAUGAAUGGGUACAGAAAAAAAAGACAUAAUGGGGACAGAUAGGGGAGUAUUUCUCUUGUAUAAUAUGCAGCUCAGUCCUAUGUGUGUUUACUCAGAAAUAAGUCCCACUGUGUUCAGUAGGGCUUAUUCCUAGGUAGGGGUCUAUAGGAUUGCAGCCUUAAAAGUGCAGUGUGGAGCAGCGUAGAAUGGAAGAAUUUUCCUAUGUACACUGUGCAAUCUGUUCUACUUCAUGGACGUGUUGUUUCAAUGUGAGAGUUACCAAAAACAAAUCUUUUCUUCAGCCCCACUUUUAUGAAGUGUUGGCUUUGAAAUUUUCCUUCAUAUAGUCAGGUUAAUGCUCUUCAGAAAUUAAUCUGCCUUCAUCCAAAAUAAAUGGUGGAGCAAUAAGUAGUUGAAGAAUGACAGUCUGUCCAAUAACUUGCUUGGCAGUGGUGGGAUGAUGAUAACAGUAUCCAUAAAGAGAUGAGAUGUGAGCUUUCCUUUCUCAAUGAAAAUGAAUUCCCUUGGAAAAGGCAGCUCUUCUCUUUCUCCCUAGAUUUCUGAAAGUGUAGAAACAGUGUAGGUUCUCUGAACCAAAAAGUACCACAAAACAAGCAUAAUCCAGAAACAAAAGGUUAGUAGAAAUCUUGUUGACUCUCCUACCUAGAAAUUUCUCAUAGGAAAAGGGAGAAAAUGUAACUUCCAAAAUGCUGCAGUUGUUGGCUUUCUUGAUCAGGAUAGGGUUCUGAAGUGGGGAAAUAAUGGAAUGAGGGUGGGUUGGGGAAUUGAACCAGGGCUCAUGGGUAAGGAGGAGAGAAAGAUAGAGGUGGCACCAAAGUUCAUAGAAAUUAAAAAGAUUGUCCUCCUGAGGGUUUUUUUUUUAAAUACUGAUCUUGUUUUCACCAAAGCAUUUCUAAGGCUAUGUUGACACUGUUGGAAGAUGAAUUAUCAUGUGAUAAAACAUAAAGAGUAACAACACAGCACCAGACCAACACCACUGCUGUACAAGUGGUUGUGUGUGCCUAUGGUGCAGAUGAUGUCGGCUGGCUGUGUGCAUUUGGCUGGCCACCAUUUGCAUAUUUGCACUAGUCCACCCCCAGUUUAAAAUGUAUGGAAAUAAAAUACAAAAUGCUGUCCCCUCUUGUGUUUAUCAACCACCUCUGGAUAAGACAAAAGGUGUCGCCGUUUCAGGCUACAAGUCGUUUGGUUAUACUUCUUUUUCCCAGCAUGCACCUAGCUGUUUACUUUUAGGCUAGCUGCACAGCGAACUCCCUGUUGAGAAGAAGAGCAGCAUACUUUUCAUCUAGAGUUUAAUACCAUUCUAAAGUCUUCUUGGAAAUCACAAUGGCUAGAUAAUGCUGCAGGUUUCAAGAAGGCUUAGAAUUGUGUGCUGCUCUUCUUCCCAAUGGUGAGUGAAUUGCAUAACUUGUUUGUGAUGCAAACCCCUCCAGCCUUGAUCAAGAUGCAAUGUCAAGCAUCUCUUCCACAGACAUGUAUUGCACGCUUUCAGAAAAACCCCUUUCUCUAGACAAAUUGCACUUUAAUACCAUAUUAGGGAUUGGGGGCGGGGGGUAAGACACUCCUGGGUCAGAUGGAAGAACUGCAUCAGCAUUCUUUAACUCGGGAUGGGAUGGGAUGGGGGAGGGGCUGAGCUUUGGAUAGGAAAAUACCAUGAAACUAAGGAUUUAUUUAAAAAAUCAAGAUGGGACAUAAUUGUUUUGUGAAGUUGGAAGGCUUAUUUAGUGCCAGGUAUCUACCACUGAGGGAGUUCAGGUCUUCCUUCUUUUCCUGUUUGCACUGCUUGUUUUGUGAAGAAAUCCAUCUGAAUUAACUGCUAAUGAUGGAUUCUUGUUUUCUUUGGGUGUGAAAGCAGGCAGAGUCAUUGUGAUGGGUGGGAGAAAGAAACCUAUUUGGAGUGUUGCUUUUUAAUUUUCUUCUCCUUAUUGGCAUGGUAUCUGAGUUGGUAUCUUCUUGGCAUGGUGUCCAAGUUGUCUUUGCACAUGAAAGCUUCCUUUGCACAGAACGAGCUUCUAGGAUAUUUCUUUUGUAUAGACUAACUGAAUGUAUUUGGGGGAGGGAGGGCAUGAGGGAGCAAAUCGAUUCCAAACAGAAUUUCAAAAAAAAAAAGUUGAAUGCCUUUUUGUGAGUGAGUGUUUGCUGCAAACACAUUGUAAUACAAAUGAGUGGGCCAGAGCAAGUUCUAAUUGACGCAAUGUGCGGCUUUAUUUUUGUACUGAUCAUGGUUUAAGAGACUGUACAGCAUCUAUUUAUGUAGAUGAUUUAUGUGGUCAAUGUUGCAAACAAGAUUAUAAAAAUAUUAAAUGAGAACUGACAUUUAACUAA